UCAAACCCAAAUGCUCCACCCCUCGUCCCCCCGCCGCCGCCUCCUCCUCCUCCUCCUAAAACCCUAGCCGCUCGCCGCGCCGCCCACCCCCACGAUGCCGCCGACGCCGACGCCCCCGGCAGCGGCUGUCAGCCGCACGGAGCCCCCCGUCCCGGCGUGGCUCCGCGGCCUGCCGCGCGCCCCGGAGUACCGCCCCACCGAGUCCGAGUUCGCCGACCCCAUCGCCUUCCUCUCCCGCGUGGAGCGCGAGGCCGCCGCCUACGGCAUCUGCAAGGUCAUCCCGCCCUACCAGCGGCCCUCCCGCCGCUACGUCUUCGCCCAUCUCAACCGCUCCCUCGUCUCCUCCGACGCGCCCAAACCCGCCGCCUCCGACGCACCCAACUCCGCGCCAUCGCCGUCGCCUGCCGCCGCUGCCGUGUUCACGACCCGGCACCAGGAGCUCGGCACGGCCCGCCGCGGCCGCCCCCCGCCGCAGGUGCUGAAGCAGGUGUGGCAGAGCGGCGAGCGCUACACGCUUGAGCAGUUUGAGGCCAAGUCCCGUGCCUUCUCGAAGACGCACCUCUCAGGCCUCCGUGACCCGACGCCACUGGCCGUAGAAUCCCUCUUCUGGAAGGCAUCGGCGGACCGCCCCAUCUACAUUGAGUACGCCAAUGACGUCCCUGGAUCUGGCUUUGCUGCCUCAGCACAGUCCCGUAGGCUGAAGAAGCGGAAACGAGAGAGUGUCCCGGUGGAUGAAGGGGAGAAGACUACAGGGUGGAAGUUGUCCAGCAGCCCAUGGAACCUUCAGGCGAUUGCACGUGCUCCUGGCUCGCUCACCAGAUUCAUGCCAGAUGAUGUUCCUGGGGUGACUUCUCCAAUGGUGUACAUUGGGAUGCUGUUCAGUUGGUUCGCAUGGCAUAUUGAGGAUCAUGAACUCCACAGUCUCAACUUCCUCCACACCGGCGCACCUAAGACAUGGUAUGCAGUUCCUGGGGAUCGGGCUGCUGAGCUUGAAGAAGUUAUCCGUGUGCAUGGCUAUGGAGGCAACCCUGACCGCCUUGCAUCGCUUGCAGUGCUUGGGGAGAAAACAACACUGAUGUCCCCUGAGGUCCUUGUAGCCUCUGGUCUGCCCUGCUGUAGAUUAGUGCAAUAUCCUGGUGAGUUUGUGGUGACGUUCCCAAGGGCCUACCACAUUGGGUUUAGCCAUGGAUUUAAUUGUGGAGAAGCUGCCAACUUUGCAACUCCCCAGUGGUUGAAGUUUGCCAAAGAGGCUGCCGUUCGAAGAGCUGUGAUGAAUUAUCUUCCAAUGCUCUCUCAUCAACAGCUACUGUAUUUGCUAGCAGUUUCCUUUAUAUCCAGAACCCCCAGAGAACUAUUGUAUGGAAUCCGAACCUCUCGUUUGAGAGAUCGGAGAAAAGAAGAAAGGGAACUACUGGUCAAACAGGAAUUCUUACAGGAUAUGAUUAGUGAAAAUGAACUUUUGUGUUCUUUUCUCAAAAAGAAAUCAAUUGAUAACGCUGUUCUAUGGGAGCCUGACUUGCUGCCAUCUUCUACUGCUCUACAUUCCUGCUCCUCUGUCCCAAAAGCUCCUGAGAAGUGUGACGAUGGUUGCAGUGUCAAAUCUAUCCCGAUAGGAAAUGGUUCAUUUGAUGGUACUGCAUGUAUGGCUGGGAUACAAGCUAAAUGCAUUUCUAUGGAUAGCAAAUCAUCUGAUUCUGUGUCUGCAUUUGAGGGGCAGAAACUUGAUUCUGACACUGAUGAUGAGGGUGACCUGCCUUUCGAUUUGAGCAUUGAUUCAGGCUCAUUGACCUGCGUUGCUUGCGGAAUCCUUGGUUACCCAUUUAUGGCAAUUUUGCAACCCUCCAAAAAAGCAUUGGAAGAGAUGUCCCUUGUUGAUAGAGAAAGUCUCAGGCUGAAUUUUGAAAAAGGGAAUCAUUCAAAUGUACCUCCAUGUUCUCCUGAUGUUGGCAAUUCAGGACGUCCAUUCAUUGCCAGUAGACCUUCCAGCCCUGUGGUACAGGCUAGCAUCACUCAUCAGGAUGCGAAAUCACAUAAAAAUGGUGUCUCUUUCAUGGAGAAGCAACUUGAUGGACCCCUGCUGCUGCAUAGUAAUGGUUCACAUUCUUGCAGCAGUGAAAACACGCUUAAUCUGUGCAUUAACACAGAGACAACGGAGACAGAAAUAUUGAGCGAUGGUUUUGGUACAGAAUCAAGUAAACAAAUUGGCAGAGGUGACAUUGAUUCUCAAGUUGUAAAAAGUUGUGCUGACAGUAUCGACUGGAAUGUAACUUCUGCAUUUGUACGGCCCCGGAUCUUUUGCUUGCAACAUGCCCUUGAGAUUGAGGAGUUGCUUGAGGGCAAAGGUGGUUCGCAUGCUCUCAUCAUUUGCCAUUCAGAUUACACCAAACUAAAAGCACUUGCAAUUUCAAUAGCUGAGGAAAUCGAGUUUCAGUUUGACUGCAAAGAUGUUCCACUUGCAAAUGCAUCCAAAUCUGAUUUACAUCUAAUCAAUAUUUCAAUAGAUGAUGAGGGUUAUAAGGAAGAUGGAAGAGAUUGGACGUCACAAAUGGGUCUAAACAUGAAAUAUUUUGCGAAACUUAGGAAGGAAACACCUGGGAGUCAAGAGCAACCUCCUUUAUCCUUUUGGAAGAAAUUGGACAUCGCAGACCGGCCUUCACCUAUUUCUGUUGUUCCAAAUCUCAAAUGGCUCUGCAGGAAAACACGAACCCCAUACAAGGUUGUUGGUUAUGUUUCCAGCCCUAAUGCCGCUGUAACUCAUGAGAAAAUUAACCCUGCAGUUAUAAAGACUGAGAUGGGCACUUCUGGAAGUGCUCACGAAAAUGGCGAAAAGCAGGGGACUGCUCAACAAGAUGCCCCCCUGCAGCCAACUAGAUUACAAGAAGCUGACGAUCUAACUGAUGUUCUCACAUGUUCUGAGGAGAAUGAUAAAGACAUGCAUUGUCUGAUUGAUAUCCCCAUUGCUCUUGCUGAAUAUCCAAUGAUGCAUCAAGUUUGUGAAGGUCCAGCAAGUGUUAGCACAUGUGAACUUGAUGGUCUGGCAAGUGUUAGCACUUGUGAUGAUUCAUUUUGCUCAGCAAAUUCUCAGGAUUCACCUGUGGUAUCAGAUGAGUUUAUCAGUGAACAACAGUGUGUCCAAUCAGAUGAGGUGACUAGUUCCACAAGUGUGUUUGUACAGCAGUUUCUUGUUAAUGGAAGUAUGACUGCAGAAGGGAGCAGCAAUCUUGAAAACAUGGGUUCUUGUAAUGUUACUUCAGAGUGCCAAGAUAAACAGCUGCGAGGUCAACAAGACCAGGAGAACAUCAAAUUUUGUUAUAAUGCUGACAGAAACUUGGCCUUAGUAGCAACCCUUGAAAAUGAGGAGAAUUGCGCUAAGACAUCUAACUGUUGUGAUACUGUAUUGAAAGCUAAUAAAUCUGCAACUGGUGAUCUAUCUGAGCCACAUGGCGAUGAGUUGCAGGCAGUUAGUAAUCAGGAAAUGCCUAUUGGUUCAAUAAAACCAGUACAGACUGAUACCAGCCAUUUUAGUGCCAAGGCCGUCAAACUCAAGGGCAAUAAUGCCACUAAGUUACAGCAGGGUUAUCCAAAGAGGACUGUCGUUGAUUUAGAAGGCGUGGAAGCUGCUUCAAUGACAACACUCUCUGGAGAAAAUGGAAAUCCAGUUCACGCAGGGACGGAUUCUCUUGAUAUUUUACUUGGAGUUCUAGCGGAAGAAACCGUACUAUCAGAUGCUCCUGGAAAAGAUGAGGUUGGCAAAGCUUCCUUGACAUUAAUGACACUGGCUAGCAAUGACCACUCUGCAGAUGCUGCUGCAGAAAAUGAAGUCGUGGAGAUGCCUAGAUCUUCUGUUGUCGCUUCUCUCUCAUGCAAGGGGCAGACUUUGUCUGAUUUGGCAUCUGAUAAAUUGCUUGGGAUUCAGAUCCCUGAAAUACAACAGAAACAAGGAAAUAUGGAAGAUGUUGGUGGCUGGAAUGACCCGAGUUUCAAGUAUGACAGACUGGCCAAAAAAAGCAAAAAAUCAUGCACACCAAUGAUGAAUCAGUAUGUUGAUCGACCUGACAUAGUGUCUAGAAGCAUUGGAAGCUCAAAUAGAACAAACAUCAUAUGUUAUGUCAGACGCAAGCGCAAAAGAAAGAGGGGAUCUAAGUUAAAAAUCGAGAGCUCACAAAGUCUUGGGAGCUUUACCCGCUCCCCAUGUGAGAGCUUGAGACCCAGGACCAAACCUGCAGUAAUUGAAGUUGAAGAGACCACGAAGCAAACUAAAACUGUACAAGCUUCAUCUGCAAAUAAGGGUAAGAGGACAAAGGUGGUGGAAAUAUUCCAGUGUGACAUUGAAUGUUGUGACAUGACAUUUGAUACCAGAGCUGAUCUUCGUGCUCACCAGCGUAACAUUUGCACUGAUGAGUCGUGUGGCAAGCGUUUCAGCUCACACAAGUACUUGAAGCGUCAUCAGUGUGUCCACAGCAACGCGAGGCCAUUCAAGUGCCCCUGGGAUGGUUGUGGAAUGACUUUCAAGUGGUCGUGGGCUCAGACCGAACACAUGAGAGUCCACACAGGAGAGCGCCCAUAUAAGUGUUUGGUUCCUGACUGUGGGCAGAGUUUUAGAUAUGUUUCGGACUACAGUCGCCAUAGAAGGAAGUUUAAUCAUUACUGAUUGGUCACAGCUGGGGGCAAAGCUCCAGUAUGUGUUGCGGCCUUAUUUGUUGUAGCAGCAGCUCACGUAUUUAACCUCGUGACAGCUGAUAAGCCUAGUGUUUAUCCUCUCUCUUAACCUGUGCCAAGUUUAGUCUAGAAAAGUAGAAAUAGUUUGGGGGUAAAGGCUUACCCCCUUCUGCAUGAAGAUGCACAUUUGCAGAAGAUGAUGUCGCCACUGACACGCCUUUCAUUAUUUUGUUCAGUUCAGUGAUGUAUCUAAGCCCUGGUAAAGUUUAUCAACACGAUGAAGUAUCCAGAAUUUUUCUUUGUUCAUUCCCUUGUACUGUUGUACAUAUCAAAUGUCAACGAAAUCCAGAUAGCUGUUUUCUUUGUUGUGUUUA